UUCCACUCCACCCAAUUCAUCAACAUUCCACAAUCUACCCCACCAACAAUGGCCCCCCAACUCCGUAUCGCCAUCCUCGAAUGCGACACCCCCGUCGACAAAAUCAACGCCAAAUAUGGAGGCUACCGCGGUGUUUUUACGAGACUGCUACAAGAAAGUACGGUCGCCCUCAACCAGCCUGAGCGACUGGACCCGGAGACCGGCCUGGACAUUUCCGGCUGGGACGUCGUGACAGCCCAGGAGUAUCCCAACCUGGAAGAUGUAGACGCCAUCGUUCUGAGUGGAUCGAAACACGAUUCCUUCGCCGACCACCCCUGGAUCCUCAAGCUCGUAGACUUCACUCGACGAGCAUACGAGGACCCGCGCAUCAAGAUCUUCGCCAUCUGCUUCGGGCACCAGAUCCUCGCCCGCGCACUGGGGGUCAAGGUAGGCCGGAACCCGAAAGGGUGGGAGCUGGCCGUGUGCGAGGUAGAUCUCUCUGAGACAGGGAGGGAGGUGUUUGGUGUGGAUAAAUUGCGCAUCCACCAAAUGCACCAAGACAUCGCUUACGGGUAUCCGUCCGAGGUGGUCUCGCUGGGCUCCUCGCCGACGUGCGCGGUGCAGGGCAUGUACAUCCCCGGGAAGAUGAUCACGGUGCAGGGCCACCCGGAGUUUCGCGAGGAUAUCAUGGACGAGCUGAUUCGGUUGCGGACGGCGAGUGGGCUGUUCUCGCAGGAGAUGGCGGCGGAUGCGGCGAGGCGGGCGGGGCUGGCACAUGAUGGGGUGGUUAUUACGGUGGCGUUUUUGAAGCUUGUGCUUGGAUUGUGA